AUGUACGAAGACUCCUGGUACAACUUUGUACCGGAAAUUCAGAACAAAAAGACAAGCUCUUCGCAAGGCCAAGGAACACAUCGUAGGAAAGAAUCUUUGCUGCUGCAGCCAAAUGGCCUCAAUCAAUCCUCCGACGUGGCCAACCCCCUUGCAAGCGUCGAUGAAGGGAGUGAAGAUGACGGCCCGCCCGAGCCGGUACUGAGCCGGCGCGCAAAGUCCUACUCCGACUUUUACGAUAUUGUGCGGAAGCACCUCGCCGAUGGCACACCCAAGAAGCGCAAGAAGAGAAAGCAAAAGAAGGAAAGGAGCCUGGAAGGGCUGGCCGUACCAGAGUCGGCCCAGGGCCACACCCUCACAACAGGGGACGACCCGUUCGAUGCCGAUGCGUGGCGGGAGCUCGAGGACGAACUACUCCAGGCGAGCCAGAGAGAAUAUACAACGUACCGCGACAAGCUGGCGCUGACGGAAAGACACCUCGACACGCUCAUCGAGGAGACGGACGGCGCGCUAAAGAUCCUGGCUUCCUUGGCCGAGUCGUUCCGCGCGGUCGAGGAGCAGACCUCGUCCUUCAAGGCGCAGUGUGACGACCUGCUCGCCGAGCAACGGAGGCUGGAGAAGAUUGCCGACGACGUCCGCUCCGACUUUUACUAUUAUGCGUACCUAGAGGAGGUCACCCGGCGGCUGAAUGCACCCGGAGCGAGUCGGCUGGCAGACGGUGCCCCGUUUGCUGAGAUGUUGACCAACCUGGAGGCCUGCAUUGACUUUAUGUCAUCUCAUCCCACAUAUCGCGAUGCCGAAUCAUACGAGGCACGCUAUCAAGCUCUGCUCACCAAAGCUUUGCAUCUACUUGAAGUCGGCUUCACCGCACUCCUGGACAAGGUCUCGGGCGAGAUAUCGAAGCAGAUUGCAGCAACCCAGUCCGAGUCUGCCCGUCACGCGCUUGCGUAUGGCCGCUUUGAGGAGAUGAUGCUGGAUUCCUACUCGUUAAUUCCCAACAUCCAAAAGGUAGUGGGUGAGGCCUAUGACCGCCUGGGCAACCCCAAGUCCGGCCUCUGCGCCGCCACAUAUGCCAACACCGCCGACAACAUGUUCCGGUCCUACAUUGCCGCGCGUGACCGAGAUUUGAAACCGCUCGGCCAGGCCGACGUCGAGACGCUAAAGAAGGAGGCCGGGGAGGAGUCGGUCGAGACGGCAUCGCGCAACUACGUCAAGCAGUGCUUCGAGCGGUCGCACAACGAGCUCCUCCUGUUUGCACGCGUCUUUGGCCUCGAGCCGCAGUACAGCACCGACCAGGCUUCGGCGUUUGCGACCAUCAAGGCCUACCGCGGCGACGCCGUCACUGCCAUCAACGUGGCGCCCAUAGCCGCGAACCUACAGGCAGUCCUGGCGCCCGUCGAACUCCAGAUACUAUGCGAGGUCAUUGGCUGGAUGACGGAUGAGUAUCUGACGAUCGACUACGACGAGAUCGACGAGAGCGACAUGUCCGUUGCGUUGCACCGCCAGGAGGUGACGGCCAGGGUGCUGGGUGAGCACUUGUGGCAGUUCACCGACGGUGUUUUCGAGGCCGAGGUGACCAAGCUCAUCAGCAAGGCGCCAGUGGUGCCCGAGUCUCUGAAAAUUGAGCCGGCCUUUCCUGGAGGCGGCGCUUCGUCAAAUGCGUACCCGCCUGUCAAGACGGCGCUGCGACUGCUUGUCUUGUUCGAUCAGUGCAUGCCUAAGGAGAGAUGCCAAGGAAGCAGUCCGGUAGUAUUCAAGAUCAUAAAGGAGUCGAUAGCAGCGCUCCAUCGCGCCGAAGCGCGGAUCAAGUCUAUCAAAAACGGGACAGACGCGGACUUGUUCAUGAUCAAGAACCUUUUAAUCCUCAAGAACGAACUGAUGAAGCUAGAAAUCGGCGACGUGAGGAAUGAGCAGGGGGCGGGCAUGGAGCACUUUGGACAGAUAUGGAACACGUUAUCGGCCGCGCAGGACUGGGUGGGAUACUUUAGCAGUUUCAUACCGGGCGCAUCACUGUUCUCGCGCGGCUCGCCGGCGGCGGGAGGCGGCGGGGGCACACCUGCGCUCGGGGCCUCAGGUGGCGGUGUGCAGGCCGGCGGCAAUGGAGCGCAGACCCAGGACGCCGGCGAGCAGCUGGACGAGCUGCUGCGGCAGUCGAUCUACGCCUUCACGCGGCGGUGGGGGGCGUUGGUCAACGAGGCGCAGUCGCGGAGCAAGCUGGGUGGCAAGAACACGGCCAAGGUCGAGAGGGAGCUGGAGGAGCUUCUGCAGACGGCGUUUAGCAACCAACCAGAGGUCAUAGCGAAGCUCAAGGAGGCCAUCCAGAUCAAUGCGCAGGCGCAGGGGGAGAAGGGGAGCAAGGUCACGCGGGUAUGA